CCUUUACAUUUUUUAUAAUUCAACCAGUUGAAGUCAAUAAAGACUUUCUUUUUACAGCCACCAAUAAUGACUUAAUUACCCAAUGUACUAUCUUUUAUUCAGUUUCCAGAACAAAUCAUACAUUGCAUAUUUUGAUUGUGUUAUUAACUGACCAGUGAACCACCUCAAAAAACCAGAUAAUGUACACAAAAACAACCCAUACAAAAUGAAGCAACACAAUCUAUCUUUCAUACCAACAGCUCUUUCCCUCUUUUUUACUCUUCUUAUAACCCAACAAGUUAAAGCAACUACUACCCUUAAUAGCACUGAAAAUCAAGGUAACGAAACUGAUCGUGCAGCAUUAUGGGCUAUCAAGACUCAGCUAAUUGAUCGUCGCGGCGUUUUAAGCUCAUGGAAUCGCUCUAUUCACCAUUGUAACUGGGAAGGAAUUACUUGCGGACUUACACACAACAGAGUAACUGUGUUAGAUCUGCACACUAAAGGUUUAGCAGGAACCAUAUCUCCCUUCAUUGGAAACCUCAGUUUCUUAAGAAUUAUACGCCUUACAAAUAAUAGCCUAUAUGGCCAUAUUCCUCCUGAGAUUGGCCGUCUAUUCAGGCUAGAAUCACUAUAUCUUUUCAACAAUUCCCUUACAGGAGAAAUACCAUCCAACAUAUCUGGUUGCAUCAAUCUCCAACUCAUUUCUAUGCCUUACAACAAUCUACAUGGAAAACUUCCUACAGAGUUUGGAUCAUUGAUUAACCUUAAAUGGCUAUGGAUGUACUCCAAUCAUUUUAGUGGACCUCUCUUCGACGUUAUAGCCAACCUUACAUCACUAGAACUCAUAGAUGGUCGUUUCAAUGAAUUCUCCGGAACUAUUCCUGACACCAUUUCUAGGAUGACGAACCUAUCUUGGCUCGGACUCUCAUCAAAUAUACUUACUGGUACGAUUCCUUCGUCUAUCUUUAACCUUUCCUCCCUUAUGGAUUUAGAGUUGUCUUUCAACCAACUACAUGGAAGUAUUCCAGCAAAUAUAGCCUUCACUCUUCCUGUAUUACGCUUUCUGCAACUUUCUAAUAACUAUUUUUCAGGAUCACUUCCAAUCUCACUAACAAACCUUACAAGUCUUCAAGUGAUUGAGUUAUCAUCAAACAACUUCACAGGCACUGUGCCACUUGAUUUUGGAAACCUUUAUAACUUACAAAUCUUAAGUCUUUCUGAUAAUAAUCUUGUAGGUGACAUAAACUUCAUUAGUUCUCUUGUUAAUUGUAGCACAUUAGAAGUUUUGGACUUGCAAAGUAAUUACUUUACAGGGAUAUUACCACAAGUUAUAGCUAAUCUUUCCACUGAUUUAACAUGGUUUGGUAUUGACCAAAAUCCAAUAAGUGGAGAAAUUCCUAUAGGUAUAACUAAUCUUAUUAACCUUAGGUUUAUAGGCAUGGGUAGAAGUGAACUCAUAGGAACUAUUCCUCAAGAUAUUGGGAAGCUUCAAAACUUAGAGAGGUUAUUUGUUAACUCUAACAAACUAUCAGGUGAAAUCCCUGCUUCACUUGGAAAUUUAUCAUACUUGAGCAAGCUUAGUUUAGAUAAUAACCAAUUUCAGGGACAAAUACCUGCAAGCCUUGGUGAUUGUGCAAACUUGUUAUACUUGUACUUAUCUCGAAAUCGAUUCAAUGGAUCCUUACCCAAUGAGCUCUUUGCAAAAACUCACUUUGUUGAAUUUCAUUUGGCUCAAAAUCAAUUAGAAGGGUCCUUGCCUAUGGAGAUUGGUAGGCAAAUAAAUAUAGAAUAUUUUGAUGUAUCAAAAAAUAAGUUUUUUGGGACAAUCCCAACUGUCUUUAGCAGUUUAACUGCUCUUCAAAAAUUGUACAUGGCAGAUAAUGUCUUCCAUGGUCCGAUUCCUCCAUCAUUUACCUCUUUAAAAAGCCUUACAGAAGUUGAUCUCUCCCAAAAUAAUCUUUCUGGCCAGUUUCCAGAAUAUUUCUCUUCGCUUCACUUGAUAUACCUCAACUUAUCUUACAACAAUUUUGAGGGAAGAGUUCCAACAAAAGGAGUUUUUGCAAAUGCGAGUGCGAUAGGCCGAGGUCUUAUUGGAAAUAACAGGCUUUGUGGAGGAAUUCCUGAGCUACAUCUACCAACAUGUGUGGAGAAUGAAAGGAAGAAAAGAAGAGUUUCGCGUGCUCUCAAGUUGGCAAUUAUAGUAACUAGUGCAUUUCUUGCAGUAUUGGCCAUGGUUACAUGGAUAUGGUUGUACUUCACUCGUCAUAAUAGGAAAACAAAGUUGGCUUCGUCAGACGAACUAGUGAAGGAACCAUACUUGAAAGUUUCCUACGACAUGCUACUCAAAGCAACUGAUGGGUUCUGUCAUGAAAAUUUACUUGGUUCUGGUUCUUUUGGGUCUGUGUUUAAGGGCACCCUAGAUGGAAAGACGGUUGCUGUCAAAGUACUCAACUUGCAAAAACGAGGUGGGUCUAAGAGUUUCAUGGCUGAGUGUGAGGCAUUGAAGAACAUUCGUCAUCGUAAUCUGGUUGGGAUACUAACAGCUUGCUCAAGUACAGAUUUCCAAAGAAAUGAUUUUAAAGCUCUUGUCUAUGAGUUCAUGCCCAAUGGAAGUCUUGAUAGAUGGUUACACGAAUGUGGAAAUCUUAGCCUUCUCCAAAGGUUGGAUAUAGCCAUUGAUGUUGCUCAUGCACUCAACUAUCUCCAUUGUGAAUGUGAGAGCUCGAUUGUGCAUUGCGACCUUAAACCAAGCAACAUUUUGAUUGAUCACGACAUGGUGGCACAUGUAGCUGAUUUUGGGUUAGCAAAGGUUCUUAACCAACCCCUACAUCCAAAUCAAAGCAGCUCAAUUGGAAUCAGGGGAACAGUUGGCUAUGUUGCUCCAGAGUACGGGUUGGGAGGUGAAGUUUCCCCUGAAGCUGAUCUCUACAGUUUCGGAAUCUUGUUGUUGGAGCUUAUGACAAGAAAGAGACCUACAGACAAUAUGUUCAAGGAAGACUUCAACCUCCAUAUGUAUGCAAAGGGAGCAUUGCCAGACAAAGUGUUGCAAAUUGUAGAGACAACACUUCUAGAGCCUGAAAAUGAAGAGCCAGACAACAAUGAACCAAUAAACCAGGCAACACUUCAAAAAAGAGAUGAGUGCAUGAUCUCUGUUGUGAAGAUUGGAGUGGCAUGCUCUAAUCAAUUCCCAAGCAAACGAAUGGAAAUAAGUGUUGCCAUAAGGGAGUUACAGCAAGCUAGAGAAAUCCUUCUCAAUCCGAGACGGAGACAUAACAGGGCAAGAGGCAGGGAAAUCUAAGAAUGCCAAAUCAACUGCACACUGUAUUUGUUACUUCUGUAAAUACUGUUGAGCUAGUGCUACAAAUUGGGCGAUCCAAAUCAAAAUCAAAAUCAAAAUACAAGCACCCAUUUUGGCUUUCUAGACUUGCUCUAUAUGUGAUUGUAACAAAAAAAAAACAAUAAUAUCCGCGUGUAAGAGCUCUUACAGUAUUUUCACAUUGCCGUGGUUGUAUUUCAUCUUUAUCAAAGAGAAUCAUUCAGAAUAUUGGAUCA